AUGAAUUUUAUAAAGUCUCUAUUUCACUAAUAGAGUUCAUAGUAAAAAAAGGUUGUUCAAAAGAAAGAAGUCGGAUCUUCCAUACUUGAUUCCCAUUUUAAUCAAGUCAGACUUUCGGAUAUCAAAAUUAUUUCCAGGGAUUUUAGAAAAUUGGAUGAAAUUCUCAAGCAUUAGCCUGAAACAGUCAAUGAACAAUUCAAGAGAUGCUACAGUUUCCACGUCAUUUUAUGCAGCGAUUACACUUAAUCAAUAGAGAUGAUUCUCAAAUAUUUUGAAACCCAUCAACAUGCCUAAUUUAAGCAAACAUUUCAGUCUACUCAUAGUAAGACUAUGGCUACUUAACAUGUGAAUUUAACAAUCCAAAAUAUCAAUGAUCAAAAAAUGAAUACUGUAUAAUCAUAAAACUCCAUGUUUCUCAACGUAUCUGAUGUAAUCUUAAAAUUAUUGAUUAUUUUUAGUAAAUUUAAGUAUUUGAACUGAUAAAUUAAAAUGAAUAAGGAUUUAUGAAUAUAUACUUCAAUUACAUACAAAGAAUCUCACAAAACUUCGAUGUCUAUAGUUCUUGCAAGUUUUAACAAUACCCCUAUUAGGAUGAUUCACAUAACCGUAAACUUUAAUUUCUUUGGCUAUUCAAAAUAAUCAAUCUACUUAAUUUUAAACUCAGCUUCAUCCCAUAUUUUCAAUUCAACUUCAAACAUAAAUCUUAAAACACUCUCAUCAUCCGAGAUAUAGCCUACCUAAUUUAUAAAGAUUGUUUAGUAGAAUAUGCCUUUUUAAGAAACGAGAUCACGGAAAUGCUCGAUUCCUAUUCUUCAUUUCAAAUUAAGGAAUGUAUAAAAAUAACAUUAAUUUAGCUCUUCAAUUCUAUGAGUUAAUCUUGAUAAUGAAGGAUAUCACAAGUAAGUUGACAAUAUUUUAUUAAAUGAGGUCUUCAUUUGCUCUCAAUUCUGAAUCAGUUAGAGAUGUAAAGUGGUUUAUAAUUGAAAAAAAAUUGAUGAUUGAAAUAGAUAAUUAUAUUUCUAAAAUUAAGUUGCUCAACACAACUCAAUUUAAAAAGAGCCUUAUGGUUCCAAAUCAAAAAAAUUUAAUCUCAGACUUUUAAAAGGCUUAGUAAGAUCCAAGUCCCUUAGAUAAUUCAUUUCAUAAAGUAAUAUCAGUAUAAUAUCCUAGGAACCAACAACCGCAAAACAAAUCAAAAUGUGCAAUGAAUUAUUAUACUCACCUUUAAAAUUGAAAUAAAUAAAACGUGGAGAACAUUCUAGAUAAUAAUCAAGAAAUUGUAAGAAUCUUUGA